AUGUCUGCCUCUUACGCUCCAAUCUCAUCACCAUUUACGCGGGCUGUGGUGAGCUCGAUGAAUAAGCUCUACCCAGAGUCCUUAGCAGAUAAAAGCUUUGACAACACUGGCUUACUUCUCGAAGCCCCCUUCAACCAUGCCCGAAGGCAACGAAACUCGGUCCUCUUGGCUAUUGAUCUGACGAAGGCUGUCGCCGACGAAGCCAUCUCUCGAAAAGACUCUGUCGUGGUUGCAUACCACCCGAUCAUCUUCCGCGGUCUCAAAUCUCUCACAUUCAAAGAUACGCAACAACAAUCUCUCCUUCGACUCGCUCAGGAGGGUAUAAGCGUAUAUUCCCCGCACACAGCCGUCGACGCAACCCCCGGCGGAAUGGGCGACUGGCUCUGCGACAUCGUCACAGGAGCAAUCGCCCCAUCCUCUACCGCGACCACCCCGGAAAUAACUCCCUCUUCGUCGAAGAGCUACUCUGCACCUAUACACCCGCAACCCGGGCCCGUGUCCUCCUCUCCCUCAUCUACGAUCCCUCACAUCAAGACCACAAUCCACCCAUCCCCUCAACCUACCCCGGCCGGCCUAGAAGACGCCGGAAUGGGCCGCCUCGUCACCUUCACCGAGUCGCAGCCCCUAACAACGAUCAUCGAUAACAUCGCGCGCGGUGUAGGUUUACCAGCCGGAAUCCCCGUCGCAAUUCCACAAUCCGCGUCCGUGGAUUCGAUCAAGAUCCGCACGGUCGGUGUGUGCCCGGGCUCUGGGUCAAGUGUUCUGCUCAAGGACGUCUCGCAGAUCCCAGAUCUCUUGUUCACCGGGGAAAUGAGCCAUCACGAGACGCUGUUUGCUAUUGAAAAUGGGUCUGUGGUUAUUGCGCUUGCGCAUUCGAAUACGGAGCGGGGGUAUCUUAGGGCAGUUAUGAGGGAAAAGUUGGAGAAAGCUCUGAAGGACGAAUGGGAGAAUACGCGGAAGGAGAGAUUGGGUGCGGGGAACGAGGAGUUGAAGGAGAUAUUUGAGGACACAGCAUGUGAGGUCCAUGUUAGUGGCAAGGACCGUGAUCCUUUCGGGAUUAUGGUGCGGACAACCUAA